CGAUUUCAUAUUUAUUUUCCGAUUCCUUCUUUUUCUCUCUCUUUCCGGCGAAAGCUCCAUCUAUUAUCCUUGCGUGAGUGCUAUUUUUUGUUCGUUGACGACCUGAUAGGGCUUUCUCUUAGGUUUGCUCAGGAAUUUAUGCUUGUCUUAUGAUCUCCGUCUCGUUAAUCUCUUCGUCUUAUACGUGAUUGUGAUUUUAAUUCUGUACGGGAAGUCGAUUAUAGGGUUCCCUCUUAGUCGGCUACUAACGUCUGGUUUCCGGGGUUUGCUUGGCGGCGACGGAGACGAUAGAAUUGUUUGAUUGGGAGGUAAUUUGGGAAGGCAUUGUAGUUGUUUCGUUCUAUGAUUGACCGUUAGCUCUAUAUUCCCGUAAUUGCUAUAGUAUUGUGGAUAAUGGUUAUCCAUUAGAUUGAUAUUUGGAUGGAGAUGGGUUCGUGCGAGGAUCCUGGUGAGGUCUGGCACGAGGCUGCUCUCGGGCAGGAUUCAAUAAUGGGCUUUGUGCAGAGUCAUGAUUCUGAGCUGCCGUUCUGCUUGAAAGCGGAUCUUGAAUUGACUGGAAUUAAUGUAGCCCCUCCCGAGAUGCAGAAUGGGUUUGGAGAGCUGUUGUUUGGUGAGAGUGCUGGUUGCGUGAGCUAUGACUACACAGAGAGGGCCGCUGCUAACAAUAAAGAUUGCCGGGUUGGUGAAUGUGCCAAUGUGGCUGUUCCGAUUCUCGAGAAAGUGUUGGAUGAUGAGAACGGGGCUGUUAGGGAUUGUCUGAAUGAGAGUCGGGUUGAAAUCAGUAAUUGUUUUUUGAAAAAGGAAGGUUUAUGUACGGAGAAGGCUGGGCUACAGGGUAAGCAUGAGCUGGUAAUAUCAAUACAGACUCAUGAAACGCCUGUGACUCACUUGAAGAGAGACUUUUUUGAAGCGAAGGAGCAGAAGGAUGCUAAUGGUGUCAAUGGCCCAUCCUCAAAAGGGCUUGUGGAAGAGAAAAGUGAUAGUUUAGCUGUUAUGGAGUCUAAUACUAGAGAUCAUCUCUCAGUCUAUCGUGAAAUGCCUGUGGAGCAUCAAUCUAUGGAUGGCCCUAGCCAUUGCCCUGAACAAGAUUGCCUGCAGGAUGAUAAGCUCGUCAGUUGUACUUCUACUAAAAGGAUUAUGAAGGUGAUAGAAGAAGAACAUGAUGCUUUAGUUGGAACAGAGACCCUUUGUGGUGACGAAUCAGUGCCUCCAGAGGGUUGCGAGAUGCCCUCAGACUCAAUGUUUGCUGAUUAUUCUCCAAAACAACAUAUUCAAUUGGAUGAGCACAAGUGUAAUAAGUGCAUGGGUUCUCCACAUGUAGACGGCUUUAUAUGGGUAAGUGAAGAGAGAAGUGGUGUCCUGGUCGGUGCAAAUUCUUUUUCUUGCAAGCCAAUAUUGCCUUCAGAGAGUGCUGAAGUCUCAACAACUUGUUUGGCAACAAAAAGCAUUCAACAGGGUGAGCAAAAGGAUGAUAAGUUUAUAGAUUGUCCCUUUGUGGAAGGGGCUAUGGAGGUUAAGGAAGUAAUGAUUUUUAAUGACCAAAUAUUGCCUUCAUACCACUGCGAAAUACUAUCAGAAUCAAUGCCUGUAACUAUUUUGUCAAAGAAUUGUGAUGAAGAAAAUGUACUGGACACUCGGAUUUUCCGUGGUCUUGACAGUAACACUGAUGUGCCGUAUCAAAUCGAAGCUCAUAGUUGCAACUGGAUAUCUCUUCCCGAGGGUGAUGAAAUGCAUAUAAAGUCAUUAGAAGGUGAUUUAGAAAGUAGUGGCUGGCAUGAUAAUCAGAAAAGUGAGACAGGUGAUAGUGACCCGUAUACCAAGACGUCUGCAAAAGGUGUGGAAAUAAAGAACUGUGCCAGAACAUGCGUUCACGUUUUUAAUCCACAGUAUGAGCAAAGCAAUGAUAAGCAUGUUUCUGGUCCCUCUGUGGAAAGCAAUUCGGAGCUUUUGGAAGGGAAAAAUGAUUCUAAAGCUGAUGUAACGCUUGAACUUUGCUCCCAGUUAUCAUGUAUUGACCAAAACGACUUCAAUUCAGAGAAAGGUUUCUUUGGAAUGGCUGCCAACGGUUUAUUGGAGAGACCAACUUCUCUGCAGUUAACUGGCUGCCCUGGUGUUGUUGAGCAUAGUUCUUUUACGAGUUUAGAUGUGAAGGAUUGUUUAAGGAGGAGCGUGUUUGGUGCCAUUGAUUCUGUUUCUGCUGUUGACAGUUCUGGACAGGAAGAUAACAAAGAAAUAAGUAUUUUGAAAAUUGAUCAGGUUUCUGAAAUCAAUUUUUCUGAAAACAUUACCUUUUCUUCUCCAAGGAGAAAUCGAACAAGGAAAUCAAGCCAGAAGUCUAAGGGUAAAAAAGCUGCAACGAAACAUAGAGGCCCAGCCAAAGUGCCGCAUCAACAUGAAAUUCUUGAAUAUAUCCUCAAAUCUCCCAAAAGAAAGAGAAGCCAUUUUUCCAGAUUGGCUCGCUGUGCUCUCUGGGGAUCAAUGGGAAACAUUACACAACUUUUUAAGCAAAGCAAUGGGCUUGGGCUUGAUUAUGUUCUGAAUCAAGAGUCAUUAAAAUCUUUAGGCGCGCGAGGAAGUGGGAUGAGGAACAAGAGUGGGAAAGGUGGAAGCUCUAGAAGAUCAAGCAGAAAGUCUAGUGCUUCAACCGGUGUUUUACGUUUGAAGGUCAAGGUGGGAAGUGAGAAUUGCCAUCAAAGUAAUCUGAAAAAUGUGAUUCCGAAGGUACUGGAGACCUCAGCUUCUGCUGAGGCUAACUUUAAUAAUUCUGUAAGUGAUUGCUGUCUGGGAGGCAGCAUUGAACCUUCAAAAUCAGCCAACGGUAUCAAAGUUGAAUGGGGAGAAGAGGUGGCUGAAAAGGAGCUCUUCUCUGUUGACAAGUAUCUAGAGAAUGCAAAAACAGAAUUAGAUGUGGAUUCCCAUGGAGCAAAUUGCGAGUGUUCUUUGAUCCCUGACAAGUUAGGUAGAGAUGGUGCAAAUCUUGGGUUUGCCUCCCAUAUGAUGGUUGAAGCAUUGGGAGGAACAAUUGAUCGUACCCUUGCCGACCCUGGAACUUCGCCCGAUUCAGAAGUUACUAUAGUUCCUGAUGCUGAAGUUGUCACAAAACCAGAAGAAGAGUCUAAUGGUUCUUCUUACUGUGGAGCUGUUGCCCGCAAUAAGAAAGGAAAGAAGAAAGCUAACCUCCCGUAUGUUGGUGCAGAUAUCAUAAAGACAGCUAAACCAUUAGAAAAUGGGGGAGGCAAGCAGAAAUUGGGAGAUCGCAUGUCCCCUAGUGAAAGUCUUACUUCAUCCACCAUAGGGACUGCUUCAAGUAUUUCAUCAAGCAAUAGAGAUGUGGAGCUGCUAUCCUUACCCAGAGAGACUGAAAUCAAAGUCGCUGGGGAGAAUUUGGAAGUCAAAAUUUGUGUGGAAGAUGAAAAAUGCUGCGACCUAGAUGGAUACCUCGGGUUGUCAGAAUCAGAAAAUUCUCUAAAUAUGCUUUAUUCAGCUAAUUCAGAAAGAGUUCAACCAGCUAAAAGUUUAAAACCAGAAGGAUUGAGGCAGGAAAGGUCCAGGGUCUCUGGUCUGGUGAAAAGCAGGGAAGGAAGUGCUCCUUGUAAGAGGAGAAACAAACAGAAGUCGGUUAAUAAGGUCAAGGAGAAUACGACACUUGAUCACGCAGCCAAGAGAGUGGAAGAUUACCCUGAAUCAGGAAAGCAUAUAGCAGAUGUAAUUGGCGGCAACAAUGUUGUAUCCAUAAAUAAUUUGGACAUGGCAUCAGGUGGUGUAAUUGAGCAGAGUUUACCUGUGGAAAGUGCUUGGGUAAGCUGUGAUGAUUGUCAUAAAUGGCGGCGCAUUUCAGAUGCCCUUGUAAAUUCCAUCGAUGAAAGUAGUCCGUGGUCCUGCAAGGAUAACAUGGAUAAAGCAUUUGCCGAUUGCACCAUCCCUCAAGAGAAGUCAAAUGCAGAUAUUAAUGCUGAGUUGGGCAUACUAGAUGCUGAUGAAGAUAUUUAUGACGGCAACUUGAAGGGGUCAGAAUACAAACACAUAACAGUUUCGCAAGAAUCAUCUUUCAAACGUAUUGAUGCUAAUGUGUUUCCACACCGCAGCCGUAGAAAUCAAACUAUUGAUGAGGUAAUGGUUUGCCACUGCAAACCUCCUCAAGAUGGCUGGUUGGGUUGUGGAGAUCAAUGCUUGAACAGGAUGCUUAACAUUGAAUGUGUUCAAGGCACCUGUCCUUGUGGGGACAUUUGCUCAAAUCAACAGUUUCAAAAGCGACAAUGUGCCGGUAUGAAGUGGGUUCGAUGCGGGAAGAAGGGCUUUGGGCUACAAUUGCAAGAGGAUAUAUCCAAAGGGCAGUUUCUCAUAGAAUAUGUUGGAGAGGUGCUUGAUAUGCAUGCUUAUGAAGCACGGCAAAGGGAGUAUGCUGCUAAGGGGCAUAAGCAUUUCUACUUCAUGACAUUGAAUGGCGGUGAGGUAAUAGAUGCAUGUGCGAAAGGAAAUUUGGGACGUUUCAUAAACCAUAGUUGUGAUCCUAAUUGCCGAACGGAGAAGUGGAUGGUGAAUGGAGAAAUUUGUAUUGGACUUUUUGCAAUAAGGGAUAUAAAGAAGGGAGAAGAAGUGACAUUUGACUACAAUUACGUAAGGGUGUUUGGGGCUGCUGUCAAAAAAUGUUAUUGUGGUUCACUUCAUUGCCGGGGUUAUAUAGGCGGUGAAACACAUAAUGCUGAAGUAAUUGUUCAGGGCGAUUCAGAUGAAGAAUUCCCCGAACCUGUGAUGCUUGAAGAUGGGAAAACCGGGGUACACUUGAAGGGUAUGAGACGCAGAACAAAUUCCGUUGACAAUGACAUGAAAUCUGUCGAGGUACCUGUUUUAAAAUCGGAUGUGACAGCAGAAAUUGGAGAUGCAAUCAAUCUUUCUGCGUCUGCCACUUCUCAACCGCAUAGUUCACCAGAACUGGAGGCCUCUAAAAGAAAUUCUCUGUGUUCUAGUCAACCAGUAGAAGUCUCCCCACAGACGGUUUCAGCUAGUAAAUCCACAUCCCAUGCCAAGGAAGCUAUGCCUCCAGAGAACACCUUGUGUUCUGUCCAAGUGCUGGAGAAAUCAUUUUCUGUCGACGUUGAUGCAAGUAGGAAGUCAAAAUCUGAAACUGUUAAAGGAAAGCGGGUUUUCUCAAAAUCACGGUUCUUAAUUAAAACUUCACAUGGUUCUAUUAAGAAAGGAAAAGUUAAUGGCAAUCUACCAAAUGAGGACAAGGUUCAGAUGAUUGCCAACAAACCUCAGGUGCUGUCUGUAAGACCCAAAAAGUUGGUGGAAGGUUCUUCUGAUGGCCGUUUUGAAGCAGUUGAGGAGAAACUUAAUGAGUUGUUGGAUGCCAAUGGUGGGAUAAGCAAGCGGAAGGAGGCACCUAAAGGCUACUUGAAGCUCUUGCUCCUCACGGCAGCUUCUGGUGGCAGUGGCAACGGGGAAGCUAUUCAGAGCAAUCGAGAUCUUUCAAUGAUUCUUGACGCACUUCUAAAGACAAAAUCACGAGUUGUCCUGGUUGAUAUAAUCAACAAGAAUGGUUUGCGGAUGCUCCACAACAUAAUGAAGCAGUACCGAAGGGACUUCAAGAAGAUCCCAAUUCUCCGGAAACUUUUGAAGGUUUUGGAGUUUUUGGCAACAAGGGAGAUACUUGCUUUUGAUCAUAUAAAUGGAGGCCCUCCUUGUCCUGGAAUGGAGAGCUUUAGGGAAUCUAUGCUGUCAUUGACUGAACAUGAUGACAAACAGGUUCAUCAAAUUGCUCGGCACUUUCGUGAUAGAUGGAUCUCGAAAUUCGUCAGAAAAACUAACUGUUUGGAUAGGGAUGAUGGAGGGAUGGAAUUUCAUAGAGGUUCAGGCUGUGUGAGGGUUUCAGGAUCACAUAAUAACCGGCAUGAUGAUGUUGUUAGAUCUACAAAAGCAAUUGACUGUAUCAUGCAAUCAGUUCCUGUCACGACUUCAGUGGAUGGCACUGUUCAAGAGGGUUCUUCAACUGGUGGUUGCAAAACAAAUGAUGCAAAGACUCGGAAGCGUAAAAGUCGAUGGGAUCAGCCAGCAGAGCCAAAGACUAAUAUGGGAUCUAGCGUCUCACCAAACACAGGAGUGGUGGAUCAUUUAGAGGAGGUAAGCAGAGAAGAUGACAGCUGCCUUGAAUAUAUUCACAGUCAGUGUCAGGAAAAUGAAGCUAUCUGUGCUGCCAAUGGAGGUAUAAACUCCCACGAGGAUGUCCCUCCUGGCUUCUCAUCUCCCCUUAAUCCCACCAUGGUUUCGUCAUCUACUUCAAUAACUCCACAAAGUGUUGGCUGCUUGAGCUGCCCCUUAGAGGUGGUGGUUGGGAAUUCGCAAGGUAAAUUCAUUUCCCGCUUGCCCAUGUCAUAUGGAAUUCCAUUGCCUAUUGUGCAGCAGAUUGGCUCGCCAGACAAUGAGACUCUGGGAAGUUGGUUUAUUGCUCCCGGAAUGCCUUUCCAUCCUUUUCCUCCUUUACCUCCAUAUCCCCGUGAUACAAAAAGUACUCCACAUUGUGCAGUUAAGUCUAUGGCAACUAAUGAAUUACCACAACAAGUGCGGAAGGACAACCUUGAUAAUAUCGGUUGUUAUCCACAUGAAAACAAUCAUGGUACAAGUUUUCGUCACCAAUCAGAGGCGAACUUUCAAGUUGCAAACGUCCAGCAAACAUGUAAACGAGCUAGGGGAUCCUCAUAUGAUCUGAGCAAGAAGUAUUACAGGCAGAAAAAAUGGAAUAACGUGCCCCCAUGGCUUCGAAGAAGUAUGGAGUGGGGAUAUGUGGGUAACAAUUUAGGAGGUGGAACAUGCAGCGUAGACGUAGGAAACAUGACAAAUGAGUCCAGAAGUCCAUAUUGUACGCAGGAUUUAAACCAUGGAGUGGAGAAAGCUGGUUGCUAUUAUAAUCCGCGUCUACAUCACCAAAAUCAGCAUUGAUUCGCUGGGAAUAUUUUGAGGAACCAAAUUUUCUCCCAUACUCUAUUUUCUUCUCAUUUAUAUAUUUAUUCCCCAGUUUUUUUACAUCCAUAGAAAAUUCAUUGAAUUGCAGAGUCCAUGUGAUUGUUAUAGCCGAGUGGAAAAAACAUGAUCCAGUUUGCAAUGUAUCAUCUCGGUUCUAUCCAUUCAUACUUUAAAGAUGUAGGCAUUCUUCUCCGUGUACUAUUUUCUCAUGGAGAAAUCUAGAAACUUCAUUAACUUGGGAUCAAGAAUAGAAGAGGUUACCAAUUCCUUGGCCUCUGUUAGAAUUUUGUUUUAGAGUGGUGGGGAAAGUAUUUGAUGAUGUAUGAGUGGAGGAUGGCUUAAAUUUUGAGUUACACUAAUUGAUUUGUCAUCUGAAUUACUGCAAUAAUUUUAUGGCUUCUGUGCUCCCAGUUAUAUUUCACUAUAGUUAUAGUGACAGAUUCAGAA